GCGAUCUCCUGCAUGUCCAUUUGAUAGUGUUGGUGCUGUCGUGCACCUCAUCGCAAAUCUUCGCAUGUUAGCACGUGAAAUGAAAGUUAAAUUUUACUCCAUUAGUCGAAAAUCAGGGUAAAAUCGCAUUUCAGAAUUCAUUGCACCAGAAAUCUGUCCGCCAAUAUACAGGUGAGACGAAGAAACUAACGUCGCGUCAAAAUUAACGCGUAUUACCUGUGAUAUUUCAAUUACAAAAUCGAGUGAUUCAGUGCGAAGGAAAAAACCAAAAGAAUUCUUGUCAAGUAAGCUUGUCAUUGGCAUACAUACUGGCCAAGGCUUGUAAGUGGAACUGAUACACUUUCAAAAUACGGGUGUUACGCGAUAGCAGUAGUAAAACUCUGGACACUGCCAAAAAGCCAUAUCCCCGUGGAUUAGGAUUAUACGUCGUCCCCUUUUUUGGAAUAGUUUAAUCUGGCCUUCACAACAUCAUUUUUGUCAACGUAGCAGUCAAAGGUCGCAAUCUGUGCUGUGAACUCUAGCCACAAAUCCAAACGCAUCUCCGCACGAACAGCGAUUUUAGUAAAGAAGCAACUCGAAGCAAGACUUAAACUCAACUCCUGCCAAGCCUCGUGCAAGAUUCACUGUCUUCAUAUUGUACCCUUUUUCUGCCACGAAUAUCAGGAAACGCGGAUCUGAAAAGGAAUCGCAGAAACUAGCUUAAAACGUGCUUUUUGCCAGUAGGAACAUUUACAAUGUCUGAUGUCACUACUGAUCCGGUGGCUGCCGACGAGCCAAGACAGUCGGGGGAGGACAAUAACAAUCAAAUUGAUCUAGCCGACUCGGUAGCAAAGCUAAACCUUAAUGGAGAAUCGACAAAUCACGUACAGGCACCAAACAGCGACAUCAACGAAGAGAAUGAAGGUAACAAUAAUCAUGCUUCCAGUAAUAAUAGCAUAAUAGAUGGUGGCCAUAAAUCGAUAGGGAAACGAAUCCGACGAACAUCGGAGAAGCUGCUUGGGGAGGAAACUGGUGGACGCAAAAAAUAUUCACUUGAUCAACUGUUAUCUUUGAAGGAUACUACAAUUAGCAGGGAAAAACCAACGACGAUACCGGACGUUUGCAGGUCCAUUUUGAAGUCUUCUCACAAUCCUUUUACUUCUUCUGGUAAGCACUACGGUAACCACGAUAAUGCACUAUUGCCCAAUUUCAUGCGGGGUGGAAUGGACAGCGGCGGAAUGACGGGCAGUCGACAAGCAGCUGCUCCAAUGAAACGGGCUCCGUAUCAGGGCAGACUGUCGGCCAAAGAAAUGCGAUCUGGCGGGGCGGAUGAUGUGGACAGCGGUAUUAUCAAGGUAAAUUUGAAUAUCACCGAAGAAGUGAAACUUCGCGAGUCGGCCAAUGCCUGGAGACCACGUUUUCUAAUGAAACAAGAAGAAGGUGACGAGGAGACAAAGAAAACUCAGGAACUAUUCAAGAAAUUCCGCAGCGUGUUAAACAAGCUGACACCGGACAAUUUCAACGUACUUGUAGAGCAGGUUAAAACAUAUGAAAUUGAUACGGAAGAACGGCUGGAUGGUUGUAUUAAGAUCUUAUUCGAAAAGGCUAUUAUGGAGCCUAACUUCACUGAUACGUACGUCCAAAUGUGCAAAGAGAUUGGGAGCAUAAUCAAAAUUAGUACCGGUGAUAACCAGCAGGCCGCCGACUUUAAGCGCAAACUCAUUACUCAGUGUCAGAAAGAAUUCGAGAAACAUCAUACUGAUAAAGAGCAGAAUGCAAACGAGAUCGAGGAGACAAAGAAAAAAGCUAAUGAGGAGACUACAGAAGAAGCGGAGGAUCUUCAAUUCGAAUUGGAAGAGAAAGAUAUUAAGAUUCGAAGACGUGCUCUCGGAACGAUUCGAUUCAUUGGCGAAUUGUUUAAGCAUAAACUGCUCACGCAUAAAAUUAUGUACAGUUGCAUUAAUAUUUUACUGAGUGAAGACAUGCUGGACGAAGAAACGCUCGAAUGCCUGUGCAAGUUACUAACCACGAUAGGCGGUCGAAUGGAACAAGAAUGCGAUCCUAAUGGUUUGCAGUAUUGCUUCGAUCGCUUGCAAGAGAUUGCUGACAAAAAAUCCACUCUACAAGUAUGCAGUCGCAUUCGCUUUAUGAUCCUCGAUAUAAUGGAUCUUAGGAAAAACAAUUGGCAACCACGAAGAGCGGCUGCCGCACCGAAAACUAUGGAACAGAUUCAGAAGGAAGUGGAAUCUGAAGAGAACAAAAAUAGGAUUUUGAAUUUUGUUCUGUCAGGUUCUGGUCGGGGUGGUGGCAGUCGACAAGAUAAUGAUCGUCAUUAUGGCGAUGGUGGGAGUACACCGAAAAACAAACAGCGAUUUGUUGAUGAUGAUGGUUUUGUGCAGCCGGUGUCGAAUAAGUCGGUUCGCACGCUGCCGACAUUUGAUCCAAAGAAACUCAAUUUGACUCAAAAAUCACCGGAAGUAACUCGUCUCGGAUCGGCGUCUAUGUUCCAGGGCUGGGGCAAGAAUAAUGCGUUUGCGUCACUCACUGAUGAUCAACAACAGAGUGCUGCUCCGCCUAGUUUCUUUGGCUCAGGAGGUUUGGGUGGAAGUGGUCCUAGCAACUCCCAGUCGUCUGGUGGAGGUGGUGUUGGUAGUAAAGGUGGUGGUGGUGGUGGCUACGGCGGUGGGAAUAAAAAAUCUGGCGGAAAUGGUGGCAAGAAGCAACUUUAUCAUGGAAGGAACAGCAGUCGCUUCUGAUGAAAAACAAACACGGCAAAUGAUUAAGUUUUCCAGUUUAGGAACAUAAUUUUCUAAAUUUAUUCUGUUUCAAUUUUGUGACCUAACAUUUGAGAAUGCAUACUUAGGGGAGAAACGAUUGUUUCUAUUGUAGCCAUGAAAUUAUAGCGCUGUUCAGCUAGUGAAUCAAAAUUUUGAAUCGAGGUAUACUUUCACGCUGACAGACUACUACUACAGACUAGUUAUGGUGCACUUUAUUUUAUAGAAGAGAGCAACCAUCAUUUGUUAACAGGUGUUGCUUUUGUUUUUUGUUUAUAUAGGUUUUCCAAUAAAAUAUCAAUUGUUUUUGCGCUCAACUGCCCACAAAGCAGCAUUUUUUAUAAAAAAUGGCGUUGAUGUAAUUUCCGCUUACAUAAUCAAGCACUAAUUACAUACGUAGUAAUAACUAACCGUACAGCCAAUUUUACUAACAGAAGUUCCUUUUAGUACUUUGAUGGAAAAAAUGGAAGCUGUCAAUUCCAAAACUAAUCAUGUAUCAACUAUCGAAAGACUACGUAAGAGCAUAUUGUCACAGAGUGUUCUAUCAUAAAUAAAUGAUAGAGCACAGCAUGGAAGACAAACGGGAAUACGGGAAAAAGUGAGAUUAACAAACAAAUCAUGAUAAGGAAAUACAACAAACAACUUGAACAGGACUCAGUUGUGCUGCUUAGUGGUAUGAAUUAAAUAACGCGAUAAGUUUCCUCAUAUUACCUGGUAAUUCCUGCUCGAGUUGAUGCUUUCACAAGAAGAGGAACAACUGCAUCUAAAUCUGAGAAAGCAAAAUAAUACAGAACUAUCAAUACGAGAUUAUGCUCAAAAAAAUUGCUGCGUUCGCUCAUGAAUGGGGGAAUGAACCUGUGGCAAAACAAAAAUAGGAAAAUGAUAUUAAUUUAAGACGAAAUUUCGAAAAAGGAACUUAUACAUACACUCGACCCUUACAGAGAUAUAAAGAAAAACUGAGUUGAUUGAUGAUAAGUAAAACAUGUAUGUAUGAACAGUAAAACAAGAAGUAAUAAAUUUUAAUAAAUACGAUACAAACAGAAAGGAAAACGGAUUGAAACCCAAACCAAGGGUUUAUGAAGAACUUGGGCAAACAUUUGUACUUUUUUUCAAUUUACAUGCAACAUGUAGGCAGUUGAUACACAACAAAUAAUAAAAAUCCGUUAUCCUGAAA